AUGUCACCGCAUGACUCACUCCCGCUUCUGUCAUCACGGUGUAAAGUAGACGUCACGCCCUUGUUACGAUGUGUGGUGUUCCCUGCGAGCUGUGUAGCGCGGCGCCCUGGACUACCUCGGGGCAGGCUAUCGUCUCCCAGCUACCCAGUCGGCCACGGCGCCCCGAGGACCCCCCGAUCCCCCCCGAGGACCUCCCGACCCCCCCGAGGACCUCCCGAUCCCCCCCCGAGGACCUUCCGAUCCCCCCCGAGGACCCCCGACCCCCCCGAGACCUCCUCCCGACCCCCCCCGAGGACCUCCCGAUCCCCCCCGAGGACCCUCCCGAUCCCCCCCCGAGGACCUCCGAUCCCCCCGAGGACCUCCCGAUCCCCCGAGGACCUCCGACCCCCCGAGGACCUCCGAUCCCCCCGAGGGACUCCCGAUCCCCCCGAGGACCUCCGAUCCCCGCCCGAGACCUCCGAUCCCCGAGGACCUCCGACCCCCCCGAGGACCCCGACCCCGACCCCCGAUCCCCGAUCCCUCCCGAGGACCUUCCGAUCCCCCCCGAGACCUCUCCCCGAUCCCGAUCCCCCCGAGGACCUCCUCCCGGAUCCCCCCCGAGGACCCCCCGAUCCCCCUGAGGACCCCCGAUCCCCCCGAGGACCUCCCGAACCCCCCGAGGACCUCCCGACCCCGACCCCCCCGAGGACCUCCCGAUCCCCCCGAGGACCUCCCGACCCCCGAGGACCUCCCCCCGAGGCCGAUCCCCCCGAGGACCUCCCGAUCCCCCGAGGACCUCCCGACCCCCCCCCGAGGACCCUCCCGAUCCCCGAGGACCUCCCGAUCCCCCGAGGACCCCGAUCCCCCCGAGGACCUCCCGAUCCCCCGAUCCCCUCCGAUCCCCCGAGGACCUCCCGACCCCCCGAGGGACCUCCCGAUCCCCCGAGGACCUCCGAUCCCCCCCCGAGGCCUCCCGAACCCCCGAGACCUCCCGAUCCCCCGGGACCUCACCCCCGAGGACCUCCCGAUCCCCGAGGACCUCCGACCCCCCGAGGACCUCCGAUCCCCCCCGAGGACCUCCCGAUCCCCCGAGGACCUUCCGAUCCCCCCGAGGACCUUCCGACCCCCGAGGACCUCCCCCCCCGAGGACCUCCCGAUCCCCCCCGAGGACCUCCCGACCCCCCCCCGAGGACCGAUCCCCCGAGGACCUCCCGAUCCCCCGAGGACCUCUCCGAUCCCCCCGAGGACCUCCGAUACCUCCCCCCCCGAGGACCCCCCCCGAGGACUCCCCCCGAGGACCGAUCCCCCCGAGGACGAUCCCGAUCCCCCCCGAGACCUCCGAUCCCCCGAGGACCUCCGAUCCCCCCGAGGACCUCCCGAUCCCCCCGAGGACCUCCCGAUCCCCCCGAGGACCUCCGGGACCUCCCGAUCCCCCCCGAGGGACCCCGAUCCCCCCGAGGAACCUCCCGAUCCCCCCGAGGACCUCCCGACCCCCCGAGGACCUCCCCCGAGGACCUUCGAUCCCCCGAGGACCUCCCGAUCCCCCCGAGGACCUCCGACCCCCGAGGCCGAGAGACCUCCCGAUCCCCCGAGGACCUCCCGACCUCCCCCCCCCGAGGAACCUCCGACCCCCCCGAGGACCUCCCGAUCCCCCCGAGAGGCGGCGCUGACGUCUCCCGGGGGAACGGACAGCCUAGACCCCGGGACGACGUGGCUCCUCCCGGUUACUGGCGCGGCGGCUCCUACUCGUGCGAUUUCUCAAGGCCUCAGAAAGCUGUUCACCCACGAGCCCCUGGACGCGGCGAGCCUUACAUGGCGUUAACUUCCUACUCUGAGAGGCAGCUCCCUGAUCUCUCUCGAGAGGAGGAGCAGGAUGCGGCGUCGAGGGAACGAGCGGGCCCAGGGAGGUGA